GUCAGAUUAAUUCGCGAUUAAAGAUUCGACAUUGUAGUUUGAGACAAGAGUAAAAGAAGAAUGCAAACUCAGAAGACAAUUUCCAGCUUUUUCAGUCCUUCUGGCACUGGAAUCAAAAGAAGGGCAGAAGAUGAGGAUGCAGGCACAGACGAAAAUGCGAAUUCACCGCCUCUUAACCCGAAGCGGCUGGCUGUAAAUCUCUCACCAGAGCAAAGAGCUCGCAUCGAAGCUAAUCGAAAGGAGGCACAGAAGAAACUGCUCGCGAAUAAGAGUCCACAGUUCUUCGGACCUACGUGGAAGAAAGCUUUGGCAGCGGAAUUUACCAAGGAAUAUUUCCAGAAACUUAUGAAUUUUGUUAAAGAAGAGAGAUCACGCAAGACGGUCUAUCCUCCAGAAAAGGAUGUGUUUAGUUGGACUCUUCAGUGUGAUAUCCAUGAGGUUAAGGUUGUGAUUAUUGGUCAGGACCCUUAUCAUGGACCAAGGCAGGCACAUGGACUUUGCUUCAGUGUUCCUCCUGGAGUUGGUAUACCACCAAGUCUGGUAAAUAUAUACAAAGAGUUGCAAAAUGAUAUUGAGGGUUUUGAACCACCUAAACAUGGAUAUCUAUUGGGUUGGGCAAAACAAGGUGUACUGCUCCUAAAUGCUUGUUUGACAGUUGUUGCUUCACAGGCAAACUCUCAUAAAGAUAAGGGAUGGGAGAAAUUUACUGAUGCUGUAAUAAGGUGGAUUAAUACAAAUCUUCAUGGUGUUGUUUUCCUACUUUGGGGCUCAUAUGCUCAGAAGAAAGGCAGCUUCAUCGACAAGAAGAAGCAUCAUGUGUUGAAAGCUGUUCACCCUUCACCUUUGUCAGCCCACCGUGGAUUCUUGGGUUGUAAACACUUCUCUCAAGCCAAUGCAUAUUUGAAGAAAUCUGGGAAGAGACCUGUGAAUUGGUGCAAUCUUCCUAGUGAUGAAAAUGAGGCUGUGAACUGAACUUUGACUGAAAUCUGGCAUUAUAGUCCAAACUUUAUUAUAAACUUUUACUCUAGUUAGCUAAGGGUGGCAUGUUCGUUUUGUCAUAACUUGAUAGUUUAAUUCAAAAUUACAUGUGUUGGGGCUACUAUGCAAAUGUUUUGAUGUUGAAUAUUCAUGGUUUUACAAGUUUUUCAUUUGUCAUUUUCUGUUGUGUUAGACAUGGAAUGUCAUCCAUAGUUUGGUCGUGUAGGCUGACAUUCUGAACUUAUUGGAAAAUAGGUGAAAGCUUUCAAGGUGGUAUUGAUGUUAAAUAUUCAUGGUUUUACAAGUUUUUCAUUUUUCAUUUUCUGUUGUGUUAGACAUGGAAUGUCAUCCAUAGUUUGGUCGUGUAGGCUGACAUUCUGAACUUAUUGGAAAAUAGGUGAAAGCUUUCAAAGUGGUAUUAGAAAAAAGGAUUUCUUGAGUUUUCUCAGUUAGAUCCUGAUUAAAGAAUUGAGCUUUGG